AUGGCCAACGCCACGUUCGAGAUGGUGGCUUCCAAUCUGGCCGUCAGCGAGGCUGGGCUCCUCGCCGCAACGGACCUCUACACGGAGCAGGGCGAGCCGGGCAAGAAGGGGCCGCCUGCAGCGCGCGUGCGGUGGGCCGGCUGGCGGGUCGGCCUGGGGGCGCUCUUGGCCGCGGCGCUCGUGGGCGUCGCCGCGCGGGCGGCCGCCCAGCAGCGCGGCCAGGCGCCCGCGCUCACGAAGGACGUGCCCGAGGUGACGGAGUUGCAGGACUGCGGAUCCAAUCCCGCGUGCCAGUACGAACCGGCGACCGGGGGCUGCGAUUGCACCCCGAGCGCCGGUUCGUCGGCGACCUACCCGACGCCCAUCACGGACUGCGGACCCAACCCCGCGUGCCAGUACAAUCCGGAUACCGGCGGCUGCGACUGCACCCCGCGCUGA